CCUGGAAAAAAACUGUUCGUGACUGAAUUCUGCAAGGGGCCCUGAUCUCAGUCCCUGGUCUGUAAGGUCACCAGGCUGAAGUGCUGCUGCCACGUUUGUGAAGCCAGAGCCCUGUCACGUGGCCCAGGCUUUCCUGCUGCUGCAAAACCAUCAGUUUUGUUUCAAAGAGGAGAAAAGAAGGAACAAAAGACUCGAUCCUUGAUAGCUGUAGUAGGGAUUGACAUGUUAGCCUGGCUGGGUGGCAUGUACACCCAGGAGUGACAAGAAAUUCAGCUAAGUUCAGCUGCAGGAGGAGCCGGCUCCCGUGGCGCAAGGCCGGAGGUCAUCGCUCAGCGGGGUGUGCUACCUGACCAUGGGUCUCCUCGUACUGCUCCUGGGCUUGGUCUUUGCGUCGAUGUAUGUGUACAGAUACUUCUUCAUCACCCAGCUGCCCCGUGAGAGCGUGUUUCACUGUGGCGUCCUUUACGAAGACUCGCUGUAUUCGCCGUUCAAAGGGCAGCUGGAGUUACACGAAGACGUGAAGAUUUACAUUGAGGAGAACUAUGAGCAAAUCAACGUCCCAGUGCCCCAGUUUGGAGGGAGUGACCCUGCGGAUAUCAUCCACGAUUUCCAGCGAGGUCUGACUGCUUACCAUGACAUAACACUGGAUAAGUGCUACGUCAUUGAGCUGAACACCACCAUCGUGAUGCCUCCUCGCAACCUGUGGGAGCUGCUAGUUAAUGUGAAGAAAGGGACGUACCUGCCUCAGACGUACAUUAUCCAGGAGGAGAUGAUCGCGACCGAGCAUGUCAGUGACAUGGAGCAGCUUGGCUCCUUCAUCUACCGGCUCUGCAGUGGCAAGGAGACCUACAGGCUGAAGCGGAGGAGCGUGAGGAGACGUAUCAGUCGACGUGAGGUUGGGAACUGUCAUCGUAUUCGUCACUUUGAGAACACUUUUGUGGUCGAAACUGUUAUCUGCAAAAAGUCAUGAAGACACUCUCCAGAUGUAACCUUCUUUGGCUUUGCUUGCACACACAUGCACACACAUGCUUUCGGCCCUCUCUUUAGACAUGGUAAUCUUACUUUUUUUACUCCCUCCCCUGCUUGUGCAGCUCUAACCUCUUGGGCCCAUUGUGGCCUCAGAGUUGGAUUCUCUUCUCUCCCUGCUACCUACCUGAGACGUUUGCUGGGCUUAAAUUUACACAGUGGUCAAAGAUAACCUAGGAUUAGAUGCAGCUUCUUCCACACCACAGGUUGGGAAUCUUUUUUUGGGAGCAGGUUUGGGGUAGGAGGGAUGGCUGAGAAACAGGAGCGCUGGAAAGAAGUGCUCUGAGGCUGCCUUGGCACCAGGACAGAAAGUUGAUGCAUAAGAAGAGGGUUACCAUUUUGAUGCUGAUGUAAUGAUCAGAAAUACAUAACCAGAUGCAUUUAGGAAAAGAAUAGGUGUGAGGCUACAGACAGGGUGAUUCAGGAAGCCCAGCAGAGUGAGGGUUUCUGCCCAAACCAUGCUGUGGUGGCCCCAGCUUGCCGUGUGCUGUCCCCCUGAAGACCAGAUUUUCAAACAUCAAAAGCAACAACUGUGUGUUGCUUUUAUGACCGGCUCCUGGCCCCUCCUGAGCACGGCAUGGCUCAGCGUGACCCACUGAGCAAUGCAGGGUAACCUGGUGGGUGUUCAGGGUGGGUGGGAGGCCAGGGCAAGGGGCAGUGAGGUAGGCUGGGAAUGACAUGAAUGGCGCAGCAUGUCCCUGCUCCCCAGUCACAAAGCAGAGGGUGAAGUGCAAGGCUGUGUGGUCUUUUCUCUAACAGAGUUGCAGCUGCUGUGGAUCCUGGGCAGAUGUGCUCUCACUCUGCCUAAGUAAAUAAGAGAGGUGAAUCUUUGAUGCAAGGGGCCAAAGCUCCAUCGAUGUCCCAUCUAUAGGCCGUGGCUGCAGGUGGAGUUGAGUGGUUUACUCCAGCCCUGUGUGUCCUGGCCAGCUCUGCUUGCUUGGGAAGAUGAGUUAUGUUCACAUGGGCCUGUCUUCCUGAGUUGCGGAGAUCCCAUCUGUGUGCAGAUCAGGUGCCAUGUCUACGUACAAAGUGGUGUCAGCAGAACUGGUAGUUGAGAAGCAGAUUAUUUUUUAUUUUUUUAACAGUGUGUAUUAUUGUGUAACUCCUCUGAUGAAAGCUGUUUUCAUAGCAAUUACUGUAGUCUAGCCAUGUAUCACGUUAUCUGCAGGCACCAUUGUAGUACAGAUACUGAUACAAGGCAAAAUUCAGCUGAUCGAUAUACUGCGGAGAAAUUGUGUGAACGAAACUGCAUUUCUAUUGAUCAUCAGACAGAAUUGCAGAGUAAUUAAAUAUUCUUCCCUCUGUUCCAUAAAUAUAGUUAAACCUAAUUAGGUUCUUGAAAUGCAGGCAGUUUUUUGGCUUGAAAGAAUGAGGCGAGUUUCAACUUGGCACAUUCUUGUUAAUUGGUUUCCAGCAAAUCGGGACUUGUUCACCAUCUGUUGAAAUGAGCUUGUUGUUUUAGAAGAGGAAGGAUAAAGUAAAUGCAAGUACAAUCAUUAACUCAGCAGAACCAAAAAACAUGAAUAUAUUUUAGAAUAAAACUUUUAAGUAAUAAUACUGCAAGUUAAUUAUGUGAAAACAAACCAGGAUCUCAAAAUGUAAUCCAAUGGGAAUUAGUAUGUCUUUAGAGGCUGAGAAUAUUAUUUUUUAUAUAUAAACCUAGUCAACUAUAAACAGUAGGUUUUAACAAGUAGAGGAGGAUGCUUUGGUUUCACUCUGCUUUAAGCUUGAUGUAAAAUGAAGAAUUACGUGCACUUCAUGCAGGUUGGUAAGGAAAGUUUCCCACUGCCAAAGGCGUAUUUGCUUUUCUAGCGUGUUUUUCCAACAAUAAUUUGCUGCUAGCCCUCACCUUUCAUUGCGGAGUGGAUGACAAGAAGUGUGUCAGAGAAUGGGUUCACUUAAUGGAAGUGCAGCAAACUGGUAAAUUUAAGCCCUGCCUUUCUCUUAAUUUCUAGGAACCUAAGCCUGCACUCAGGUGAGCAUACAGACCUUUUCCCCCUUCCUUCUGAUUCUGCAUGAAAUAACUGGUCAUUGCGUAUGCUAACUCUGUGCAAUCUGCAGUUGUCAGGACAAACCUUGGUUCUUUAAGGUGAACUAAUGUGGUCAGUGUUUCAUAGAAUGAGAAUGCAGUUGUCUAGAAAGAAAAUACAAGAUGCUUUGUAUAUUUUGUCUGGUAGGACUCUUACUUCUUAGGAAAAAUCUAUGGGAUAAUAAAAUCUUUUACCUCUGA